GGCAAGAGGCUGGAGGACUGCACCAUCCUUACCGUUCGCGUGAAGCGGCCUAUCGCACCCGCGACAUUCAGUCGCUGCACUGCCGGUGGCGGUGAUGAAGAUCAUCGCUGUCAUCGCGUAUUAGGGACGGCCAUAGCAGAGAGGAUUCUUCCACGGAGACUUGCCCGUAAAGCGCGAUGGAGCUGGUAACCUCAAGACCUGACGCCGAUCAUGUGGAGGGGAUGGUUUUGGAUUAGAAAACGGGAAAAGCUGCAGAAAUCUUCAAACGGGAAAACAUACCAUGGAGCAGUUAACUCUAAUCCAACUUCUAUUUUGCACAUUACUUUUCCCACCUUUCUCUCCCCCGUUUAAGGAUGAUAAUGAAGAGAGGGGAAGAUGGGGAGCAUUGUUCAAUUUUUGCUGCCAAUGUAUUUCCUUGAAAGGAAAAGAAGAGAAAGAAAUCGAGUUCUGAGGUAAAUCCUAAUUGUCUGGUUAGGGAAUUGCCGUUUUUUUUUUGUUAUCGCUAUUAGCACAUUUCUCUUUCUGAUCUCUUUAGCUUGGGUAAUGCUUAUGGAUAUCGAUUUGUUCUAUUUUUUGGUUUUCUACACCUUGUGUUGCAUGUUUUUGGCUGCAUUGACGAGCUUCAAUUGUAUUGAUUGAUCAUGGUGAAGAAAAUUAUUUCAUCCUUUGUAUAGCCCCAACGAUACCUUUGAGCAAAUAAAGGGAAUACAUCAAUUAUCUGUUCCAGGCACAGGCCCUAGAAGUUGAGGUUUCCCCCUCUGAAAUUCCAAUAAAAUACCAGUCUGGAGACUCUAUAGAAUUACAUAAAGACCUCAUUCACAAUUGCUAGUUUGGAACUUCGAAUAAGAAUUUCGUGAAGUCUACUGUUGGAUCAAGAGUACCUGGCUUCAUGCACUGAACUUUUAUGGUAAUGAAGAUAUUCACCAAGAAUCAUCUGCCAAGUUUAAUAGAGAUCAGAUGCAUUCAGUCAAGUGGAAGGGCAUAAAUGUGCUUCUGAGCCACCUUUGUCCUAAGUGUUCUAAGAAACAUGAUGACACAACUUCAGGAAGCCAAACCACUGGAUGCACAUGUUGGCAAUGGUUCUUCACACCAUCUACUAGUAAUGAUACUGCAAAUGUAGCAAGUGCCAAUGGUGGAAAUACUUCUCAGGUAGAAGAAAAGGUUCUUGCUCCUAGUUACAAGUUGGACAAUGCAGAGACUUCAGUUUCAGCUGUUGGCCACCAUACGAAAUCAAGCAUGCACCAUAGACUGAAAAUAUGGAUCAGCAGCGGGCAUAAUGGAAUAAUGGGAAAAUAUGGGAAUAAGUUAGAAUUGGGUAUGCCCCAUGAAGCUAGGCCAUUAUUAUUAGAUGAACAUGCAAAACCUGGAUGGCCAGAUUGGCUCAUAAAUGUGGCACCAGAGGCAGUGCGAGGUUGGUUUCCUCGGCGCCAAGAUUCAUUUGAGAAAUUAGACAAGGUUGGACAAGGAACUUAUAGCAGUGUCUACAAAGCCCGAGAUCUUAAAACUGACAAGUUUGUCGCACUAAAAAAGGUGCGUUUUGUCAAUGUGGAUCCUGAGAGCGUGCGCUUUAUGGCUAGAGAGAUUCUUAUUCUACGGAAACUCAAUCAUCCAAACAUCAUCAAGUUGGAAGGGAUCGUAACAUCUUCGGUUUCACGAAGCCUGUAUCUUGUAUUUGAGUACAUGGAACAUGAUCUUGUUGGUCUUGCUGCGACUCCUGGCCUUAAGUUUACUGAGCCACAGGUCAAAUGUUUAUUUCAGCAGUUACUUAGUGGCCUCGAUCAUUGCCAUAGCAAUGGAGUGCUGCAUCGGGACCUAAAGUGUUCCAACCUCUUGAUUGAUAACAAUGGUGUUCUGAAGAUUGCGGACUUUGGUCUAGCAACCUCAUUUGAUCCUGACAAUCAGCAACCAUUGACUAGCCGUGUUGCAACACUGUGGUACAGACCACCUGAACUUCUUCUCGGUGCCACCAAGUAUGGCCCUUCUGUGGAUUUGUGGAGCACAGGGUGCAUUUUUGCAGAACUGCUUGCUGGCAAACCAAUCUUGCCUGGAAGAACUGAGGUGGAGCAACUUCACAAAAUUUUCAAGCUCUGUGGAUCACCUCCUGAUGACUAUUGGAGUAAACUGGAAGUACCACAAGCAGGGAUGUUCAAGCCCAGCCGACAGUAUAGUGGGUGCAUUGCUGAGACAUUUAAAGAUUUUCCAAACUCAGUUGUUCUUCUAGAUAACUUGCUUGCACUACAACCAUAUGCUCGUGGAACAGCUGCUGAGACUCUCCGAAGUGAUUUUUUCAGGCAAAAACCACUUGCUUGCAGCCCCUCAAGCUUACCGAAGUGUCCUCCAAGUAAAGAGUAUGAUGCUAGACUUCGAAUGGAAGAAGCAAGGCGGAAAAGAAAGGCAGCUGAGAGUGUAAGUGGAUUUGGAUCCAUCGAGACAGAAGAUGUAAAUCCUUUAGCAAGCGGGAAUACAAAGGUUGCUAUGAUUAGACCUGAAUCUGCUGAUGCAAGGAAUGCAAUACUUGGUUCUCAGAACAACAAUCUGGGUUUGAAGGGCCCAGCUGUGAACAAGGGCAAGAGCAGAAUAUAUCAGCACUCAGGUUCAAUGAUUACAGCAAAAGGAAACGUGGAGCAGAUGCUCAAGGAGCAUGAAAAGAAUAUCCAAGAAGCAGUGCGCAAAGCGCGCCUCAGCAAGCACAGAGAGUUGUGAAGCAGGUUGCUGAGGAUAAAGUGUUGAUCAUACUGUCAUUUGCGUGUUUUGACUCAUGCUACUCCGAAACCAGAUAAAAAGAUUAAGUUGCCGUUGCAUUGAUUCAAUCCUGGGAAGAUCAACCACCUGUUAGAUUGGCAUGGAGUUCCACACUUCCACUACAGGUUAUGCCCAGCAGUUUCUGAAACAUCACCCGCUUUGUAGUGCCCUGUGUUGCAGCAGCUUUCUUCUUACCUGAAGCUUCGAAGCAGAUAUCAGUGGUAGCCUGGUAGGAGAGGCUGAUGGUGUGGUGCUCUCAGCUAGGCUUACACCACCAAGGCCCCAUCCUCUAGAUCAUUUGAAAAUUUGGCACAGAAAGGCCUUCGACAGCCGCUCUUCUGCUGGACAGACAGAUCCAUAGAAACCGAUAUGCAGCAGUCAUAUAUUAAUGUAAUAAAUUAUUAUGCCUGCCACAGGGCAAGUGCUGCUUCUAGCAUACUCCAGGUGUUUGUAAUUUGGUCCGGUUUUCCGACCUUGCAGUAUGAACAGCGUCUUCGUUAU